AUGGAAGAACUCCAGAAGAAAAGAAAAUCCAGGUGGGGGGACUUAGAAAACAAAGCAGAUAGUAUUAACGAGACGGGUAAAACGGUCGAAGUGAAUAAGUCAGCUGAACCGAUUAGGAUGAAUGAGGUGAAUGCGCUGUUAAACGGAGCGAGUAACAUUUUAGGAGACUUCAGUAUGAGUAAAGCAUCCGGAUUGGCCACCACCGCCCCUGGACUAAUGAACCCUCUCACCGCUGGACUAAUGAAACCCCCUACCUCUGGACUAAUGAACCCCCCCAUAGGGUUGACUACCGCCGCCACGAGUCUACCGACUCAGUUCCCACUCACAGCGCCAAGCUUCCCCGCGCUAUCUUCCGCCAUGCAUUUAAACAUAUUAAAAGCAACAGAGGCAGCCAAAUUAGCAAUAGAAAGGGCAAAAAGAGCUAGCAGGUUUAAGGAGGACAUGAAACAGAACAUAAAGAAAGUAGACUUCGUACCGAAGCCUUUAAAAUUUGAUGAACAAGGCAGAGAAAUAGAUGAAGAAGGAAAUGUGAUCAACAUAAAACCGAUUACGUUUUCUACACUCAAAGUGAAUAUUAACAAGUUGGAAGAAAAUAAUCUUUUAAAAAAAAAAAACGAAUUAGGAAAUAAAAAUAGUGAAGAGUUUCUAAAUGAAGAUACCAAAUGGUUUGAUUCUAGAAUAAAAAAUGUCCAGAAGAAGAAGAAAAAAAAGGCCUUUAAUUUUAUUACACCAGGUUCUUUGGUGAAGCUAGCCAAUUCGAGGAACUACAAUACAAAAUCGCAGAUGAAUUCUGAUCUGAAAAAAUUUAUGCAGGAUAAAAAGAAUGUGCAGUCUUUGCAAGAAAUGUCUUUAAACUUCUUAAACAGUGAUCUAAAUGAUAACAUCAAUCCAAACUUAAUAGACAUUAAUAACAAAGAUGUUAGGAGAAGGAAGGAGUGGAAGGAGGAUGAAAAGUAUGACGUGAUGGAAAAAUGGGAUUUGGUUCUAUUCAAAAAGGUUGAAAAUAAAGAAAACUUGAUGGAGUACAUUUCGGAGCAAAUGGCUAGCUGUAAGGGGAAGCUCCAGCUGAAGGGAGCUACACAUCAUGGGGGGGAGAAACCUAAUGGAGGGGAGGAACCUAAUGGAAAUCCCCAUGAAGAUGGACAGGAAGGUGCCGCAGGGGAGACAAACAAAAAUGAUAACAAUGACCCAAAUGAAUGCACCAGCACCAUCUACCUCGAAGUGAACAAACUGAUACAGAAGCGCAGCGCUAAUAUCCUUCUGCUACAAAGUAACGAAAUCAUAAUUAAUAACGAGCUGUAUAGAGUGAACCUGAAGAAAAUCACAAAUUAUGUGGAACAUCCAAUUUCGCUAAAUGAAGAUAAGAAAGAAGAGAAGAUCACUCCACAUAUGUUUUUAACCCCGUUAGAAAGGAAAAAGCUAAGGAAGAGAAAAAGACAAGAAAAGGAAAGAGAGAAACAAGACAAAAUUCGAAUAGGACUGAUGCCCCCACCACCACCUAAGAUGAAACUAUCAAAUCUGAUGAGGGUCCUUGGAGACAGUGCAGUUUCGCAGCCCUCAAGAAUAGAACUCGAAGUGAGGCAACAAAUGAAAGAAAGAGAAUUACGACAUUUUAAACAAAAUCAGGAGAGAAAAUUAAAUCCGGAAGAAAAAAGAAAAAAGAAAAUGAAGAAAUGGAAGUGUGAUCCCAAUCAAGAAAAUGAAGUCCUCGUUAUUUAUAUAUCAAACUUGUCCAAUAAAAAACACAUAUUUAAAAUUGACAUAAAUGCGCAGCAGCUACAUUUGACGGGUGUGUGUGUUAUGACUGUUCUUUAUAACUUCAUUAUUGUCGAGGGGAAGCACAUUGCCAUUGAGCGGUACAAGAGGUUAAUUUUUAGGCGAAUCAAAUGGAAUGAAGAUGAAUACAACGAGGAUGAAGAAGGGGACGAUGAGGAUGAUGAGGAGGAAGAAGAAGAAGAUAAAGAAGGUGGAGCAAGAGGCCUAGAUCACGAUCAUAACAGUAGGAACGUUAAAGAAAAAGCAGAACAAAGUAAAAUGAAAUCCAAUUUUGAUACACAGGCAGAAUAUCCUAAUGAUGGUGCAAAUAGUCACCUAAACCGGGGCAGUACUUGCAGCCUGAUUUGGAGCGGCACUGUGAAGAAGAAGAAUUUCCUCAAUUGGAAGAUGAUAAUUGCCAAGACGGAAGUGGAGGUGACGGAUUAUCUGCAGAAGCAUGACGCUUUGCACUAUUACCACAUAGUCAGGAAGCACAAGGACGUGUCCGAUGAUGUGUGA